GUGAUUUAUCAUGUGACACACAUCCGACAGAUGACCAAAACAACUACGAAGUGUAACAAAGAAGUUCUAACAUGUCUGGCAAAAUGUGGUCAUAUAGAAUUUUUACUCUCGUGGUUGUUCUAUAUACAGCAUGGGCAUCACACAUCAGCCUUCACUUCUCAGAGGACGAUAUACAGGUCAUGGUUGGAAAAACAUCAAACAUCAGCCUCACUUCAAAUGGGAGUUUUGAAAGCAAGGGUUUGCUAGCAUUCACCUUCCAGAUAGGAAAUGGAGACCCAGAGUUGACAGAAGGAAAGGACAACUACAUAAAACCUUUACCAAACAUCUCUUUGGUGGAUGGCAAAGCGCUGAACGCAAAUGUAUCUUUGUCGGCUCUCAACCCCGGCCAUCUUAUUCUUGGUCUGAAGGACUACAAUAAUGAAUCAGAGAUCACAGACCUUGGGAAGGUGUUUGUCCGUAUUGACGUGGUCAACAGCAAACUUCUUGUCACAAUCAAUGCCAUCAUUGGCUGGGUCUACUUUGUUGCCUGGUCCAUAUCAUUCUACCCUCAAGUCUACGUCAACUUCUCCAGGAAAAGUGUUGUGGGUCUGAACUUUGACUUUCUUCUCUACAACAUCACAGGCUUUCUGGCGUAUGGCUUCUUCAAUGUUGGCAUGUUCUGGGUCCCCUCCGUCAAGGAUGAGUACAAGCACCAGCACCCACGAGGCAUCAACCCUGUACAACUGAAUGAUGUGAUAUUCACUCUCCAUGCUAUAGCCGUUACAAUCAUCACAAUCAUACAGUGCUUGAUAUAUGAUAGUGGAGGUCAGAAGGUGUCCAAAAUAUCUAUGGUGCUGGUGAUAGGAUCGUGGCUGUUUGCUGGCAUUUCAUUGGUUGUCACACUCUUACACAAGAUCACAUGGCUUACAUACCUGUACUACUUCUCAUACAUAAAGCUUGGUGUCACACUCAUCAAAUAUAUGCCUCAGGCAUACAUGAAUUUCCGUCGUAAGAGUACCGAUGGCUGGAGCAUUGGCAAUGUGUUACUGGACUUCACUGGUGGAUCACUGAGUCUGCUACAGAUGUUCCUUCUCUCUUACAAUAGUGAUGACUGGGGAUCGAUAUUUGGUGACCCGACAAAAUUUGGAUUAGGGUUUUUCUCCAUUCUGUUUGACAUUCUGUUCAUUAUUCAACACUACUGUCUGUACCGGAACAAUGAGUCCUUCGAUUCACUGAUUGAUGAUAUCAUCGAGGAAAGAGAAGUACUCAUCAAUGCUGAUUCGGAACACAGAAAUUACUCGGGAAUAGGUUAGAUAAUGGUAUACAGUGAAUGCAAGGCAGUUGAAGUGUGACAAUUAGUGAGGGGUGGGUUUUUUGCAGUGUGGCAAUCAGAGAGGGGGGUGGGGGGUCUGGAGUUGUUUUUACAAAGUUGUGAUAUAAGCAUCAUUUCUGGUGUUUAAACUUUAAAAUAAUGAUCAAAGAUUGUUUUCGUUGUGUUGUUAAGUGUUUUUAUAAAAUCAAUUAUGUGAUAAACAAUGACAGUUCAACCCUUCUAAAGUACCAUGGAAUAAUUGACCUACAAAUACUUGUUUAAAUAUUUUUUGAGUGAUUUAUUGUCAAGUUUGUGAUAAUGGUGAGAUUCCAACCUACAGCUCAUUACUCUCUGUGCUUUGUAGUUAAAAGCACUAUCACCUUAGCUAUAGAGGAUUAUGCAACUCAAGCUAGAAAAUUUGACGGAAAUGACCUAUAAAGCUGUUGGGGUUUUCGUACAACAAAUUUGGUUUUUAAUUUUUUUAUUUUAUAAUGAUUGUGAAACAAGUUGUUACAACAUUAUAUUUAUAACUCUCGUUGGCACAAUGUAACGCGAGAGUGUGGUCUUGUGUUGUUGGGGAAACUGAUGUACUGUACCCGAAGAAAACCCUUUUGUCCGCCUUGGUGACCACAAAUCAAACUCAAAUAUGCCUAUGCCAGGAAUUGAACUCAGGGGCCCUUGGUGAGAAGGGCCAACCACUACACACACUGGACAACUAUACAAAACAAAUGUCAGCAACUGUUUCUUCAAUGCAAUGUACAUUUAAGUAUAUGUAUAUUCAUUAUCCAAGAUAUUACAAAGGUGCAGUUGUAUUGUGAUACUGUUGACAUAGUCAGAAAGCAUUAUUUUUUCAAAUAAGGCAUGCUGGCAUCAUUUUAUUCAAAUAAGGCAUGCUGUCAUCAUUCUAUUCAAAUAAGGCAUGCUGGCAUUAUUCUAUUCAAAUAAGGCAUGCUGGCAUCAUUCUAUUCAAAUAAGGCAUGCUGUCAUCAUUCUAUUCAAAUAAGGCAUGCUGGCAUCAUUCUAUUCAAAUAAGGCAUGCUGGCAUCAUUCUAUUCAAAUAAAGCAUGCUGGCAUCAUUAUAUUCAAAUAAGGCCUGCUGCCAUCAUUUUAUUCAAAUAAGGCCUGCUGGCAUCAUUCUAUUCAAAUAAGGCCUGCUGCCAUCAUUUUAUUCAAAUAAGGCAUGCUGGCAUCAUUCUAUUCAAAUAAGGCAUGCUGGCAUCAUUAUAUUCAAAUAAGGCAUGCUGGCAUCAUUUUAUUCAAAUAAGGCAUGCUGGCAUCAUUCUAUUCAAAUAAGGCCUGCUGGCAUCAUUUUAUUUAUUCAAAUAAGGCAUGCUUGCAUCAUUAUAUUCAAAUAAGGCCUGCUGCCAUCAUUUUAUUCAAAUAAGGCAUGCUUGCAUCAUUAUAUUCAAAUAAGGCAUGCUGGCAUCAUUAUAUUCAAAUAAGGCCUGCUGCCAUCAUUUUAUUCAAAUAAGGCCUGCUGCCAUCAUUUUAUUCAAAUAAGGCAUGCUUGCAUCAUUAUAUUCAAAUAAGGCAUGCUGGCAUCAUUCUAUUCAAAUAAGGCAUGCAGGCAUCAUUAUAUUCAAAUAAGGCAUGCUGGCAUCAUUCUAUUCAAAUAAGGCCUGCUGCCAUCAUUUUAUUCAAAUAAGGCAUGCUUGCAUCAUUCUAUUCAAAUAAGGCAUGCUUUAGCAUAAAAUUGCAGUCUUCCAUUUGCCAUUGUUUGUUCAUGAUUUCGUUGACAUUUACUUGUACAUUUGCUUCACUUACAUAGUAUUUUUUACUAACCACUAAAUAUGAUAAGAUUAAGUUAAAUAUUGCAUAACUUUUUUUAAGCUCAUGUUGCAAAUGAAAUUGAAAUUUUAUUAAAAACUCAAGAAGUCUAUGUCUUACAACUAGUCAAAUAGUUGAUAUAUUAUGAGAUUUUGUUUGUCGUGUGAACUGUUACUUUUGUAAUAUUGUUUUUCACCAGUUGAGAUUUUAUAUAUUAAGUGUAUACAUGAUUUGAAUUGUACUUUGAACACAAUAUUUAACGUUGUUUGCUCUGCCACAACUAUUUUAUACUGCAUGCACACUGUAUGUAAAAUAUAUUUUUUUUUGUUACUUGAAAGCUGCUUUGAAAACUUGAGAUAAAAAUUUGCAACUACAUACAUGGCAUGUUUCACAUAGAUCCAUCAUUUAAAGCUGCACUCUUACAGAUUGGCAGUUUUGACUUUUAUUUUAAUUUUGUCUCAGAUUCAUCUGAUUUUGGCACCAAAUUGUCAUAUAAGAUAACUCACAAAAGAACAGAUCUCAAUUGUUUGGAAGACUGGUGAAAUACUCAUUUUUAGUACUCAGCCCUAGUAACACUUUUAGCCAUAAAACAUCAAUUUUUGAGCUUAAAAAUGAAAAUGAGAUCAGAUCUUUUGUCAGUAUUCAUAUAUCAUUGGUUUCCAGACAUUUACCCAAAAAUUAUCUCAUUCCAAAACAAAAAAAAUCAAAAAGUUGUCAAAACGGUCAAUCUGUGAGAGUGCAGCUUAAAGGGGUGUCAGUCAAAACAGUUGAACUUAAAAAUACUAGUACAAUAUUAUAUCCCUUCUACUGGUGAAGUCGUCCUGCUGUGAUACUUCCAUCUUAAUAACUAUUUUCCAGGAUAAUCAUCAUUGCAGCCAAUUUGUUUUAAACUUUUUAAGUGUUUGUUUUGGUCAAAGUUAGCCAAAAUGCUUUUGUUCGGUCAAUAUCCAUAUCUUUUUAGUGAGUCAAUCAGCCAAAAAAUAACCUGUCUUCAACUAAUCAAAGUUUUAUACAAGUUGCUGUUAAUUCAUUGGUUAAAGUUAGCGUAAACGUUUUUUUAUUGGCCAAUAUUGAUCCAAUAGCUAUUAUUAAGCAAUCAAAUUCUUUAAA